ACCGGAAGUCGUUCUGGGACUCACACACGAGCAGAUUGAGGAGACGUUCAAGUACUUCUUCCAACGUGGCCAGGUGAACGGAGGCAGGCAUGACGACAGAUGGCCCUUACAGCCUGAGGGAUUAUAUAUUAACACCAAGCAGCUCAGAUUCUCUUGAACACACAAACACAGGUGUAUACGCCCACUCACGUAGGAUAGUGGACACUGUUUUUCCUCUACACACAAGCCAGCAGGAUGAUGCUAGAGGCACUACUGGUGUGUCACAGCAAAACGAACAAGCAGUAGAAUCAGAAGAAGAAGGGAUUUAACCGAUGGACAGAGACACGGAGGGUAGUUUUUCACCGGUCACCAUGGAGGUGUGGAGCUCCUCUGCAUCUGAGGAGGAGGAAGAAGAGAGGAGCACUUCCAGUCUUGUGGAUGAAGUAGUGGAGGAGGAGAAGAAAUGCCUCAACAGCAAUAACAAUAAUAAUAAUAACAACAGUGAUGGCAUUUGCAGGGAGGUGACACAAGUGCUGUGCUCAGACAGAGUGGGCCAGGUCACCAAGACGUAUCAUGACAUAAAGGCAGUCACCCACCUGCUGGAGGAGAAAGAGCGGGAUCUUGAGUUAGCAGCGCGGAUCGGUCAAUCUCUCCUGAAGCAAAACCAAGAACUAACAGCGCGGAAUGAAAUGCUGGAUGAACAGCUUGAAAUUGCAAAGGAGGAGAUUGCUCAACUUCGUCACGAGCUCACUAUGAGAGACGACCUCCUCCAGUUUUAUGCAAGCACUGAGGAGAUAGAGAACGCAGAGUCACACUCACCAAUAAAAAGGAAUGAAUCAUGCAGUUCUCUCAGCAACUUUGUCCACUACGACUUCCUGCAGCAGAAACUAAAAGGUUUAGAGGAGGAGAACCGCAAACUGCGAUCAGAGGCCAACGAUCUCACAACAGAGACGACGAACUACGAAGAGCAAGAACAGGAGCUGAUGAUGGUGUGUGUGGAAGAGCUCUCAUCUGUCAAUAAACAGGUAGUCGACCUGUCAGAGGAGCUGGCGCGGAAGGUAGAGGACUCUGUCCGACAGCAGGAGGAGAUCAGCUCGCUGCUCGCUCAGAUUGUUGACCUGCAGGCCCGCUGCAAAGGGCUCACCCAUGAGAAUGAGGAGCUGAACCAACACCUGAGUGCCUCCCGUGAGAGCCAGAUUAAACUGAAAUCCGAGCUCAAGGACCUGCAGGACAAGUACUCGGAGUGUGAGGACAUGCUGCACGAGGCCCGAGAGGACAUUAAAAACCUGCGAAAUAAGAGCCUGCCUAACAGCACAGUGCAGCGGUACACUGCACUGGCCUCUGUCCUUCCCAUGGACUGUCUGGCAGCAGAGAUAGAAGGCACCUUCCGCAAAGGCCUGGACACACCGGCUCCCUCAGAGUAUAAGAACCACCCGUGGCGUGUGUUUGAAACCGUGAAGGUAGUCAACAAGGUCGGGAGGCUGCGGUCUCGGUGCCACUCCCCGGGGCUUCCAGGCUCCAGCCCGGGGUCCAUCCGCUCCAGUUGUACCAGCACCCCUCGAACCAGCUACUAUGGCUCCGAUAAUCUCAGCCUUACUCUGGAGGACAAGCCCAGCUCCAACCAUCCUCAGAAAGAAGACAACAGUGUCAGCGGGCCAAAGCGUCUGGGCCAGCCAGGGACACCAGGAGGCCAGGACCUCGAAGCCGCCUUGCGCAACCUAUCAGCCCGCCAGCAGAACCACUCCUCUGAGCGGCCUUUUUUUGACGUGGAGCGUGAGCGUAAACUCCGUGCCUUGGCAGCAAACUGUGAGGAGGGUGAGGGCUCCAGUGGCUUCCUGACACCGAAUGACAGCCUGGUCUCCAGCCCGGCAGCAUCAACAGGCACCAACUACUCCAACGGCAGCUCACGGCACUCCUGUGGCUCCUCGGGAGGAUCCAGGUCCUACCUGCCAGACCGCCUGCAGAUCGUCAAACCUCUGGAAGGCUCGGUGACUCUGCACCAGUGGCAGCAGCUGGCUAAACCAAACCUGGGAGGAAUCCUGCAUCCACGUCCUGGUGUCCUAACUAAAGACUUUAGGGAGCUGGAGGUGGACAUACAGCAUGUCUACAGCCUCAACGACCUGGAGGAGGAUGAACCUGACCUGUCGCUGCUCUCUGGAGCACAUGGCAUGGUCUCUUCAUCCGGUCCCAACCUCCCUCAGACCUCUCCCACACAUACCAUUACCACCAGCCAAGUCCUCCAACCCUCCCUUCUCAUCCCCCCCUUCUCCGCUAGCCUUCACUCUUUCGGCGUGCCAUCUUGUCGGAACUGUGAGCACGUGAGCGCUUCGCCCCCAUCCCACCAGCAGCACUUUGGCCUUGGAGGCUGGACCCCCAUCACCGCAACCACCGACACCAUAAACGUAGCCACUUCAUCACUGGGACUCCUGCAGCUGCUGCAAGAGCACGGCAUCUCAGCCUCCACUCAUCCUCACCACAACCUGCACCGAACCCACAGUACGAAACCUUCACGCUCCGCAGCAAACGAGAGCAGCGGAGGCUCACGGAAGGACAAAGAGGGCAGAAGGAACAUUUUCAGCUUGAACUUGGUGGGGAAGCUUCAGAGUCUCGGGCUGUACAGAGUGGCAGCCUGGGGGAUGAGGGGUCGUGACGGCACAGUCAGACAUCCUCCGAAGGUUUGACGCAGGCUGAUCCACCUCGUACUCCCCUCUCAUUCACCGUAGUGACUUUUGCAUCAAGCCAUGUGAUUCCCACUGUGCAGUUCAGGGCCCCGAGCACUGGUGUCUUGAAAACAAAAGCCACAGAAUGUGCUAGAGCCAUACUUUGAGUUGUAGUUUAUUGUACAGUACUAUUCUCUUCUGUUGUCGUGUGCGUGAGUGUGCGUGUGUGUGUGUGUGUGUGUGUGUGUGUGUGUGUGUGUGUGUGUGUGUGUGAGUGAGAGAGAGAGAGACAUCUUCAUCUCAGGAGAAUCACCUGAUCACCUGUUUGUUUAAUAGCAACGUGCAGAAACUGCUUCCUUUUACACAAAAAAAGAAAGAUUAUGAAGGAAAAAAAAAAACCUUUUUAUACUGUGUUUUGUGGAUUGUCAUUUUACAUGUUUUUCCCUGCCUCUGGUUUUAAAAAACCUCAUCUCUUGUCAUUUUUUAGUUGAACAUCAGUGGAACAUCACUUAUGUACAGUAUGUAAAACAAGUUGUCAUUUGAGGAAAGUUAAAAGAAGAGUACAUGCAUUAAAUUAUUGUUAGUUGAAACUUCAAACCAAACCAAUGUUGUCACACUGAAGAACAUUCAAAUGCACUAAAAUACACUCUGGUCUUCCUGCUUAUUAGCUGCUAUAUUGAAAAAAAGCAUGUUAUAUAUAAGAUUGUCAAAUAUAAUGAAUUCAAACUUGAGGAAUAACUAGAUUAAGAAGCACUGCGAUGACAUCGGCCCCAAAUUGGGACAGAUGAUACACUGAACUUAAUAAUGUCGACAUUCUUUAGCUGCCUGCCUGCCCUACAUCACCUGCUUUCACAUUAACAAAUGUUAAAAUCUCUGACUUUGUGGACUUUAUCCUAAACAAAACCUCACAAAGAAACAAUUCAGGUGCGCUGCAUCAAAGACAGCGAAUGAGAUUUUUAGAAGCAAUAUGUGUAUUUUACACGUUGACUGGAAAUCUUGUACAAAUCUGCUGUAUUUCACAUCAUCAGGAAUUUUGAAAACUGCUGGGAUGUAAACGAAAUCGCGUUGGGCAUUGAAAAGCUGAAGGCAGUGUUUAUUUAAAGUAGAGUGGACAUAAUUAUUUAAACAGCAUGUUUCUGUGAAAAUCUUUCUGAACAAUCAGAUGUAGCAAAAAGGCAUAGGAUACUGUGGAAUAAAAAGGGAAGAAAUCAUAAACACAGGUUAUGAUAAUCAACCAAACCACUGUUUCUCUGCACUACUGUUUGCUCUGUUCUGUGUUAGCAUCACAGCUGUAUAUAUAUAUAUAUAUAUAUAUAUGUCAGUCUGUGUAUAAAUUGUACCACCUGUGAAUAAAACUUUGCAUUUCCAUCCAGUA